AUAACAAACCAGUGUCGUUGUUAUGGUAACAGUGACGCGUGGAAAAGAUACGUUUUGUGAGAAAUAAUGCCGCCGAAAAAGAAAAAGCAGAAAAAGAAGACGAACACUCCCAAAGUAUCACCGCCUGUCCCCGAGAAGACUCUGAAAGAGACAAUUCUAGAGAGACAUUUGCAAGAUAUUACAAGACAACUUGAUAAAUGCAAGGCCCGAGUAGCUGAACUACAAUAUGAAAAUACGAGCCUGGAAGAUGAAGCCACCAAGACACGGAUGGAAAGUCAUGAAUACAUGAACUAUAUGGGGAAGAAGACGGAGCUGAGGCAGAAAGCAGUGAUUACUCUGAACGACCACAACAAAGAACUCUUUCGGGAAAUUCAAGCAGAACGAAAGCAAGUAGAAGAAAAAUACGAUGACCAAAAGAAAGAUCUUGAAACAGUUCUUUUGGCAAAGAGACAUAUUCUUCAUAAAACGAAACAAGAAAUGGAUGCUCUCCAAGAAAGUAAGUUUCUCCAAAAGGAACAGUUGAAAAGAAUCGCUGAACUUGAAAAGCAAAUAAUAGAAAUCAGAAACCAUCAUAUGUUGAGUGUUGAGGAAUUGAAAGAACAAUACAUAAACGAGAAAAUGAAGUUUCGUAUAGAAGCAGAUGAGAAAAUCCGUGUGCUUACCAAAGAGGCAAAUGAGGAAGCCAGGAAGCAUUUGGUUCAAUAUGCUGAGAUGAUAAAGACUGAAAAUAGAUCACUGAGGAAACAACUUAAAUCUUUGAUUAUAAGCAACCGUGCACUUCUGGAUCACCGGCAGCGACUGGAAGAACAGCAUAAGACGCUGGCUUGGAAAUUACAAUAUGCCGAAGACUUGAAGUCUUUACAUAGAAAACGUGUAAACAAAGCCUCUCAUCUCAACAAUGAGUCCGCUAACAUUCUGGAUGACUUAGUGAAUUCUAAAAGUAUAGCUCUGAAGAAACUUUAUGCUGAAACAAAUCCUUGAAUUUCUCUGGCUUUAUAUCAAGCUUCCAUAACUUAACUACUGUUUCUCCACUUAAAAUGUCAUUAAUGGUAGAUUGAGAUAGCUAUUUAUAGUGACUGCAUUUGAAGGCAACUUUAGUUUUAACAUGGCUUAUUUCACGGAGAUUCUCAACUUUGUUCUACCAAACAGUAAAUUAUCAGGAUC